AUGACCGCGUCCCAGGCCCUAGCAAUAGCAACGGACUCCGCCUCUGUGUAUAGAGUCCCCCGUCGACCACUACUGCCAUCGCCAUCUCCGACCCCGCUACGGUCCCGCCACCACGGCUACCUUGCUGCUCUUCAUCGCCGCCGGCGCCUCGUGCAGCAUCUCCGCCGCCAAGCUCCACCGUACCAUCACCUUCGGUCCUCCUCCUCCCUCACCAAACCAAUCCAGCUCACUGUCACCGCACCAUGCUCCUACCCCCUUCUCCAACACGAUUUCUCCUUCACCUACGGCCAGCCGCCGGUCCUCGCCGCCUACACACCGCCGCCGCACUGCCCCUCCCCAAGCUCCGCCAAAAUCGUCCUCGAGUGGACGGUGACGUGCAAGGACAGGCAAUUCGACCGCAUCCUCGACUCCGUCAGCCCAGGCAACCCCUGGCGCCGCCUCUUCCCCGACGACCUCUGCUCCUCCGCCCCCCACGGCGUCGUCUGCGACUUCUUCUACACCUCCGCCAUACCUCGCACGUCACUGAGCUCAGCUUCGGAUAUGUCUCCGACUACACCCCCAGCCCCCUCCCCCCCCCCCGCAACCCUAACUCCACCCUCACCCCGCAAUUCCUCGUUAGAGGAGCUGAUCUUCAUCGAGAUCGGCGGCGCCGAAGGCCUCCUCGUGAGGUUUAGGUCAAAUUUUAGGGUUUCCGUCAAAUUUUAA